UCUGUUAAUCUGCUCAAGCACUGGGUUUUAUUGGUGAUCGAGUUCCAAAUCAAUUCAAUUUCUUUUUUUUAAUUUUUUCUCCAGUAGUUGGAAUCUAGGGCUAACGAUUGGAAUCUUUAGCCGGUUUGUUCUUCUUUGGUUGAUUAGAGUGGUUGCUGCGUGGAUUGUGGAUUUCCUCCAAGAAAGAGAGUGGUACUUGCUAGAGAAACCUUUACUGGUUCACGACCCAAAAAAUGACUUCCCACAGAAUAAAAGAUUUUGAAUCAUUUGGAGACCAUGGGAAGGAUGUUUCUCGUAGUACAAGUUCCAUUAUCCAAGGUCAAGAAUCUGUUCCUGACUUUUCACCUCAGCAUGAUGCGCCAGAGAGUGAUGCAAAAAUAAGUUCUGUGAACCAACAUGAUGAGCCAGAAAAGUCUUAUGUUGAAUUGGCUCUGGUCAGAGAUUCUAUCGACCAAAAUAUGGCCAAAACUGAAAACCUUGACCCUGAGUCUUCACGUGAUGAGGCAGGUCAUUCAGAUUAUGAAGGGGAGUGCAAUACUGAAGAUGGAGAACUGGCUCUACAAAUAUCCAGAACUAAGGGAUCUGAUUCUUCAUUAAUUGAAAAAGAUGGAAGAAAGAGCUGCGUUCUGAAUGAACAAACAAGUAAUACGAGUAUUUGUGGAACUAUUUCGCCUCAACGUAUAGCAACUGAUAAUAACCAGAAAGGAGAUUCAGAUUCCAUGAACCGUGAAGAAGGAAAGUACUUUUGUUAUGAGACACCCCUGUACGAAGAAACUGGGAUUUGGAUACCUGUUUCUGUUCCUCCAAUGACAGAUAAGGAGUAUGAAGAAUGGACCAGAGGGGUAUGCUCAAAUGGUGGAUAUAUUCCGGGAGAAAAUAUGGGUUGGGGUCAAUGCUUCGAGGAAGAUAAAGAAUUGACCAUGUGGGAUGUGGUGGUGGAGAUGUUGCUUGUAGCGCGUGGAAAAGUGACUGCUCUUGCUUCGGGGGAUAUUGCACAAGUUUCAUGGAUAUCCACCCACCUAAUUGAGCAAGCAUGGAAGGAGAUGGCUCAAACCUUGACAGAGGCCAAUUUUAGUAACACCCAGGAAAUUCUUGAAUCAGAGCCACCUAAAUGGUUACCUGACAGCGCAGCUUCUUCCUGUAUGCUUUGUAGUGUGAGGUUUCAUCCGAUCAUGUGCACAAGGCAUCAUUGUCGGUUUUGUGGUGGAAUCUUUUGUAGCGAUUGCACCAAAGGAAGGAGCUUAUUGCCCAAAAAUUUUCGCACUGGGGAUCCACAACGAGUUUGUGAUGUAUGCUGUGUCCGCCUUGAGUCUGUGCAGCCAUACUUAAUGGACCAAGUAAGUCGUGCUGCGCAGCUACCAACACAUGACCUGACAGACUUAAGCACCUUAAGAUCCUGGGUGAACUUUCCAUGGGGACAGUCAAUGGAGUAUGAGAUUUACAAGGCCACAAACACACUUCGAGGCUAUGCUACGGUUGGUUCCUUGACACCAGAGAAGAGAAUUCCAGAAGCCAUUUUGCAUGAUGCAAAAGGUCUGGCUAUACUUACAGUUGCGAAAGUUGGAAUGGUGGCCACCUAUAAUAUUGGAACUGGCCUGGUGGUUGCUCUUAGGGACGAUGGGUCAUGGUCUCCACCGUCUGCCAUUUCUACCUUUGGCGUAGGCUGGGGAGUUCAGGCUGGGGGAGAGUUGACUGACUUCAUUAUUGUACUGAGAACAAAUGAAGCAGUGCAAACCUUCUGCAGUGAUGCACAUAUCUCGAUAGGAGCUGGUUUGAGUGCUGCAGUAGGAAUCAUAGGACGUACUGCGGAAGCUGAUAUUAGGGCUGGUCCCAGUGGAUUUGCUGCUUGUUAUACAUAUAGCUGCAGUAAAGGUGCUUUUGUUGGGUGCUCUCUAGAAGGGAGUGUGCUCACAACUCGAGUAAGAGAGAAUUCCAGAUUUUACGGUAGCCAGUCAAUAAAUGCAACAGAGAUUCUUCUUGGUUCAUUGCCUCGACCACCUGCUGCAGCUACUCUGUAUCGUGCAUUAGGAGACUUGUAUAUGCAGCUUGGGAGGUGAAUGUGCUGGUGAGAUAGAUUGUUUAUAUGUAACUUGGAGUUGGGAAUGAUGGCAAAGGUAAUUUGUAAAUCUGCCCUAUUCUCACCAUGAUUCUUUAGUUGUAUAUAAUCAAUUGCUGUACAGCAUGAUUUUAAGAUGAUGAUUGAUAGGGGAGGCGGUGGGAUAGUGUACAUAGGGCAAGUGUUAAUGCCAGGGAAGUGCAUUCACCUAUUAUUUGUUUGUUUCUUAACUUAUCCCUGUAUGAAUUCCGUUAUCAGUACGUGGUCAUAUGCUUGGAGAUGCGCAGGUCUUAAAUGUUGUAUAAAUUGGCUCAAGAGUAAUAGCAACCAGACGUUAAUGCUGCGUUCUUAAA